UGGGACAGAAGGAGCUACAGGCCCCCUCCCACAUUAAAGAGGAGCAGCUUCAUGAUGAAGAUGAAGCUCAGUCCUUACAGCUUCAUCACAGUCAAAGUGAGGAGAACAGAGGGGCGGAGCUUGUAAGUCAACACAUCACAGAAGCUGAUGGAGAGCAUUGUGAAGAUAUCAAGUCAGAACCAGACAGCAUCUUUGCUCCACUGUCAGACAUGGACCACAUGAUGUCACACUCUUCUGAUCACAGUGACCACAUCCAAAAACCUUUGGAGAGUAAAAAUGACUCUAAAGGUGAUACGAGACAUCACACUAACAACAAACACUUUGACUGCUCUGAAUGUGGGAAAUCAUUUAGAAAGAAGAGUCAUUUUACAGUACACAUGAGAACACACACUGGAGAGAAACCUUUUACUUGCUCCGUUUGUAAGAAGAGUUUCUUCAGAAAGGGUGACAUGACCACACACAUGAGAAUACACACAGGAGAGAAACCUUUUACUUGCUCUGUUUGUAAGAAAAAAUUCUUCCAAAAGGGUAACAUGACCACACACAUGAGAACACACACUGGAGAGAAACCUUUUGCUUGCUCAGCUUGCACUAAAAGAUUCAACACUAAGAAUGACAUGAUAUUACACAUGAGAACACACACAAGUGAGAAACCUUUUACUUGCUCUGUUUGUAAGAAGAGUUUCUCCAGGAAGCAACAAAUGACCACACACAUGAGAACACACACUGGAGAGAAACCUUUUACUUGCUCAUCUUGUGCUAAAAUGUUCAACACUAUGACGGAAAUUAUAUUACACAUGAGAACACACACAGGUGAGAAACCUUUUACUUGCUCUGUUUGUAAGAAGAGUUUCUCCAGCAAGCAAAACAUGACCACACACAUGAGAACACACACUGGAGAGAAACCUUUUGCUUGCUCAGCUUGUGCUAAAAGAUUCAACACUAAGAAUGACAUGACAUUACACAUGAGAACACACACAGGUGAGAAACCUUUUACAUGCUCUGUUUGUAAGAAGAGUUUCUCCAGAAAGGAACGCAUGACCACACACAUGAGAACACACACUGGAGAGAAACCUUUUGCUUGCUCAGCUUGUGCUGUAAGAUUAAACACUAAGAAUGACAUGACAUUACACAUGAUAACACACACAGGUGAGAAACCUUUUACUUGCUCUGUUUGUAAGAAGAGUUUCUCCACAAAGCUUAACAUGACCAGACACAUGAGAACACACACUGGAGAGAAACCUUUUGCUUGCUCAGUUUGUGCUAAAAGAUUCAACACUAAGAAGGAAAUUAUAUUGCACAUGAGAACACACACAGGUGAGAAACCUUUUACUUGCUCUGUUUGUAAGAAGAGUUUCUCCAGCAAGCAAAUCAUGACCAGACACAUGAGAACACACACUGGAGAGAAACCUUUUGCUUGUUCAGCUUGUGCUGAAAGAUUCAAACACUAAGAAUGACAUGACAUUACACAUGAGAACACACACAGGUGAGAAACCUUUUACUUGCUCUGUUUGUAAGAAGAGUUUCUCCAUAAAGCGUAACAUGACCACACACAUGAGAACACACACUGGAGGGAAACCUUUUGCUUGCUCAGUUUGUGCUAAAAGAUUCAACACUAAGAAGGAAAUUAUAUUGCACAUUAGAACACACA